CGGGUCCUAAAUAAGAGAGCGAAUGUAAUCGAACCUUCGCCUUAACCCGGACGACGAGAAUCGAAGUCGCUGAAAACGGAAAGAAGUUCCUUUCCCACACCGGUCCCCAAAAACCCAAAAGGAGAAGGAAAAAAAGAAAAAGAAAAAUCAAGAACCGAGUGCGAUGCAAAGGGUUGUUGACAAUCUUUUGGCUGUUACCAAGGAGUCUGUGAAGACAUUCACUUAUGAAUCACUGAACAAUGUUGUAAGAUUAAUAAAUGGAGUUUCAGCAAUGUUAUUGGCUGUUUUGCCUGGGAAGGCUUCUAUUCUGGAAGGCAUUCAUGGUUGGGAGCUCAGACCAACUUUCCGUGGGCCGAGACUUCCACGCUGGAUGGAGAAUGGCGUAUCAUCUUUCAAUCAGUUCAUUCACGAGCUCUCUGUUGAUUCUGAUUCAUCCACAAGCCUAGAUUAUUCAUCUGAUGGAGAAGAUAGUGGUAUUUAUCCUGGAUCUCCUUUAUCACAAAGUUCUCGUGUCUCGAGGGAAAGCAAUUUCAUCAAACUCAAAAGAACUUGGAUAUACUGGCUGAGAUGCAUUCUGUCAUGGAUUCUGUUUCCGUUGAAAUUGCUUUUUGGCGCCCCAUAUUAUAUAUUUGCUUCGGCUUUCCAUAAGGCUUCUAAAGAACCUGCUAAGACAGGAAGUCGUCUUUUGGUUGCACAUUCUCCUAGAAGGCUGCAAUCUCUCAAGGACCAUUUCGUUCAGCGGGCUACUGACCGUAGGCGUGGCAUCGUUGAGGAUCUCCACCUAGCAAUUGAGGUGUUCAUAGAAUCCAUGUUUGAUGUAGUUAACAAGGCUGCCCACUGUCUUUUAUCACCUAUAGACACCACCAGAAAAGUAUUUCGGUGGUUUUCUUCACAAACAACUGCCAAUGAAGAAGCUACUUCAGAGAGUUAUGUCAAGACUUCUGUUCUAGCAGAUGAUGAUCCAACUCCUGUUGAAAGAAAAACAAGUUUUCACAAUUCUCUCAAUACAGAUGCUCGGACAUGUAAAGAUGUAAUUACAGAACUUGGGUAUCCUUAUGAAGCUAUACGUGUCAUUACGUCUGAUGGUUAUGUACUUCUUCUAGAAAGGAUCCCAAGGAGAGAUUCACGGAAAGUUGUUUAUCUGCAGCACGGAAUAUUAGACUCAUCUAUGGGCUGGGUAUCCAAUGGAGUUGUUGGUUCUCCAGCUUUUGCGGCCUUUGAUCAAGGUUAUGAUGUUUUCCUUGGGAACUUCCGUGGGUUGGUCUCAAGGGAACAUGUCGACAAAAAUAUCUCAUCCCGUCAAUACUGGAACUACUCGAUCAACGAGCACGGCACCAAGGACAUACCCGCGAUGAUCGAGAAAAUCCACGAGAUCAAAACCUCCGAGCUGGGCCCGGCCCAUCCCAACCCCGAGCCCGACCCCCAGCCCUACAACCUCUGCGCCAUCUGUCACAGCCUCGGCGGUGCCGCCAUCCUCAUGUACGCCGUGACCCGCCGCCCGCACCGCCUCUCCCGCCUCAUCCUCCUCUCCCCAGCUGGCUUCCACCACGACUCGGGCCCCGUCUUCACGCUAGUCGAGCACCUCUUCCUCCUCGUAAGCCCUAUCUUAUCCCUUCUCGUCCCCGCCUUCUACAUCCCGACUCGAUUCUUCCGAAUGCUCCUCAACAAGCUUGCCCGAGACUUCCACAACCUGCCAGCUGUCGGCGGCCUCGUGCAGACCCUCAUGAGCUACGUGGUCGGUGGGGACAGUUCCAACUGGGUCGGGGUCCUCGGUUUACCUCACUACAACAUGAACGACAUGCCUGGGGUGGCGUUCAGGGUUGCCCUCCACCUGGCGCAGAUGAAACGGGCCGGAAGGUUCCGGAUGUUCGAUUACGGGCCGGGCCCGAACAUGGAGGCGUAUGGGGCCCGCGAUCCGCUGGAUGUUGGGGAAUGCUAUGGGUGUAUUGAUGUCCCGGUGGAUUUGGUGGCCGGGAGGAAGGAUCGGGUGAUAAGGCCGUCUAUGGUGAGGAAGCAUUAUCGGUUGAUGAAGGAGGCUGGGGUGGAGGUUUCGUACAGAGAGUUUGAGUAUGCGCAUCUCGACUUCACGUUCUCUCAUAGGGAGGAGCUGCUUGCGUAUGUUAUGUCGAGGCUGUUACUAGUCGGGCCGGAGUCUUGUGCGCGGAAGUGUGAGUGAAUGUCAGUUGUGGCCUUUUUAUGUCUGUGUAAAAUGUGUUUGUUGUGUGCGGCUUGGAAUGUCCGGCUAUUAAUGGACCUUCUGCAAGUUGUUGUGUUCUGGUGUUUUGUAUAUGGUGAUCAAGGGUGGGUGGUUUUGGAUGAAUAGACAAGUGGAUGUAAAUUUUAUGUUGAUGAGUUUAUGACUAGUAAGAUAAUAUUCGUGUAACUUGUCACUUGUGUGUGGUUAUCAUUUGAAUGUGGAGUGCGAUUAAAUAUGUGAAGAUGAUAAAAAAACAUGCAAUGUAUUGGCAGAUGCUUGAUCCUAUCGUCUGUUUGUAUCACAGUGGAUAGGAUUGCAAAUGAACUGAGACGAACUUGGGGUAUUGGUUGAAAACUUA